ACUACUCCAGGGAAAGGAGCAAAGUCCACUGUCACUUGGCCAAAAGAGGAGGCUUUGGUACUUGGGUUGCCAAGUGGAGCUCUUGGCUAGUGGCCAUGGAAGUAUCUGUGGUGCUCUGGGCCUUGCUACGCCUCUUGAUCAUUGUGCUCCUCGCGGGUUUUGUCUUUUAUUGCUUCUACAUUAAAUCCAUGCACAUGAAAUAUGACCACAUCCCUGGAGCCCCAAGAGACAGCUUUUUCCUAGGUCACUUGCCAACCAUUUUGAGAGCAUUUAAAAAGGAGAACCAUUAUUAUGAUCUCUUUGUGCGGUGGGGUGAAGAAUAUGGACCAAUUGUACGUUUCAAUGUCUUUCAUAAAGUUGUUUUAUUAGUUCUGAGUCCUGAAGGAGUAAAGGAGUACCUGAUGUCACCAGAAUACCCAAAGGACCCAAUGAUAUAUAGUGGUCUUUACGAAAUGUGUGGAGUAAGAUUUUUAGGGAAUGGCUUGACUGCUACUCUUGACUAUAACCAUUGGCACAAGCAGAGGAAAAUUAUGGAUCCAGCUUUCAAAAAGAGCUACUUGGUGGGUUUGAUUGAAACCUUUAAUGACCAAGCAGAAGAGCUAAUGAAGGAGCUGGAGAAAAAAGCAGAUGGAGAAAGCAAAGUGGAUGUGAUGAGCCUGCUGAGACGACUGACCCUGGACAUUAUUGCAAAGGUGGGGUUUGGCCUAGAAUUGAAGACUCUGCAUGAUGACAAGACACCUUUUCCACAUGCUGUGAACAUGAUCACAAUAGGCCUGGCAAAUUUACGUGUGCCUUUCUUUGAGUAUAUGCCAUGGAAUAGAAAAGUGGUGAAGGAGAUCCAGGAAAGCGUGAGGUUGCUGCGUCGUACCGGGAAGGAGUGUAUUGAACAGAGAAAAAAGUCCAUCCAGAAUGAAGAUUAUGUCCCUUUGGACAUUCUCACUCAGAUAUUGAAGAAUGCAGCACAGGAAGGGGACUGUGAUGAUGAAAAUAUGCUGGACAAUUUUGUCAACUUCUUCUUUGCAGGUCAUGAAACAUCUGCAAAUCAGUUAUCUUUUACCAUAAUGGAGUUGGCACGGCAUCCAGAGAUACUUGCAAAACUGCAGGCUGAAGUGGAUGACAUAAUUGGUGUGAAGGGGAACAUUUCCUAUAAAGAUCUUGCGAACCUCAAAUACUUAUCACAGGUUCUCAAAGAAAGCUUGCGGUUGUACCCACCAGCAGUAGCCACUCUUCGUUGGACAGGAAAGGAAAAGAUAAUUAAUGGAAUCAAAAUUCCAGCAGACACCACACUGAUUUUCUGCACAUAUGUCAUGGGACGAAUGGAAAGGUAUUUUCGGGACCCACUAAUCUUUGAUCCUGAACGAUUUAGGAAAGACCAGCCAAGGCCACACUAUUCCUAUUUUCCAUUUUCCCUGGGACCUCGUUCCUGUAUUGGGCAGACAUUUGCACAGAUGGAGGCUAAAGUGGUGAUGGCCAAAUUCGUGCAGAGGUUUGAAUUCCAGCUGGUCCCACCACAGAGCUUUAAAAUUUUGGAUGCAGGAACACUGAGGCCAUUAGAUGGUGUAGUUUGCAGAUUAAAGCAACGCCCCAUGUAUAGCUGUAAAAAGGAAAUGAAGUAUUGAUUGUGUAAAAUGUUUGUAACAGGUCCUUCCAGGAUAUGUUUAAACACCAUUUCCCUUUUAUAGUUUAAAUUACUUUUAAUAGCUUUAUAAAACAAAGUUAAUAGUAGAGUCGAAGGCUUUCAUGGCUGGCAUCCAUAGUUUUUUUGUGGGGUUUUCUGGCUAUGUGGCUAUGUUCAAGAAGAGUUUCUUCCUGACAUUUCUCCAGCAUCUGUGGUUGGCAUCUUCA